CAUCUGUCUGUCAACACCUAUAUCGCGAGCCUUGCUUGACCCGCUAAAGUAAUCACUUACUCGAUAGCGACGCCGGCAUUCUUUAGAACGCGCAUCGGGUUAUAUUAUCUGCUUCUUGCUGUGAAGGUGCUUUGCUUGUCAGGCCAUGGCGUGCAAAUGUUUGGUAACGUUUGGCGACAAGAACGUCGUCGUGCCUUUUGUUGGCCCUUGGAAGCGCGCACAGCUAUUCGAAUACCUGAAGCGUGAGCGGGCAUUCGCCGGUAUAGACUUCGGCAGCGCAACACUGACGGUUUUUGAUGCCGACUUUGGAUUGCAUGUCGAUGUGACCGAUGACUUUAUCAUUGAGGACAAGUCGAAGUUGGAGAUAAAAGAAGGGAGCCAGUAUCGAAUUGUUGAUGUCAUUGAUGUGGAGGUCCUCCCAGCUGCACCACAAGAACCACCUGCACGCAGAGUUUACACCCUGCCGUCGGUGCCUGUAGAUAUCAGGUUAAGUAUUGAGAAGCACCAGCCAGGCCGCUACUUUGCAAAUCGACGCAGAGUGGUUGAGUGGCUGUACCACGACCUCUGCACCUACACAAUGUACCCAGGAAAACUUUAUGAAGAAGCAGCCAGGGAGCUCAUCACAAAGUUCCCCUGUCUGGCUGACUCAACAGGAACUGGAUAUGACUCCUGGCGGGUGCAGCUCCGCUUUAAAGCUAAAUACCAGAGGAGGAAGUUGAAGACACAAGAUGAGGCCGCUGGUUCCCUGCCUGUCAAAAGAACCAGGCACACUGAGGAAGUUGCACAGAAGCGAAUCUCCCGGCCAUCUCUUGCUCAUGACAUGGGCGAUGCUGAGGAUGACAUCAGCUUACUCAUGCAUGUGGAGGCUAUGCAGAAAGAGGCAAGGAAAGCCUCUCCAGACACCAUUUACCUCCUAGAUGCUAUGAUGUGCACAUUUGCUGAGAGGAGGAAGUGGAUCUCAGAAGAAACACCAAGUGUUACGGAUAUUGUUGAAAAAUAUCCGGCCCUUGCUGUUGGCUCCGUGGUCCUCCAGGAAUUUAAAGCAAUCACUAAUGUGACCCUGGUUGACGCAUUAAGAGGAGUCCUUGACCCAAUAGCCCACAAAAUUCUCCAAAGUGCCCAGAAGAAACGCCACCUGGAAGAUUUCCUUAUAGGGCUGGAGAAAAUGAAAGAUGGCGUCCCCCAGCCGGAGCAGAACGACUUGAUGCUCACCGCGGCCAUAUUUGUGCUGCCCAGCCUGGUGAAGGAACGGGUUGAGGCGUUUGUGUGCAGUCGCGAGCCUGAAGCGGUGCAUGUUGUACCGACUGUCACUUACACCGGCAACAUUCUGGAGCUGCCAGAGUUUACGAUCCAACUGGAAGCGCUGGAGAUCCAGGCGCCCAACCUAUUACAAGCUGUCGCCAUACAGAUGGCAUUGUACUGGACGUUUGACAUAGUUUUUUGUGCAAAAGCACAGAAAACUUUUGACCUGCUGUGCCGCCUUAUUGGUGUAAGCAGUGGCAUACAGGCAACACCACUUGUCCGUGUAGCACAAACCUUGCUCAAGCAAUAAUCUUUCAUAGCAUUUAUGAUGCUUGAAAAAUAAAGUAUUUUUCAC